AUGGCUCAGCAGCGCCGCCCAUCCGUCUCCAUCUCGCCCCUCCCGAACGGCAUCCUCUCGCCCUCGUCGCCCACCUUUGCCCAAGCCCAGCUCGCCACCUCCCCGCCCAAUGCGUCCUCCUUCUCCAUCUCGUACGAGGCCAGGCAGCGCGCAACAGGCGCCAUCCCCUUCCCCCAGUCCGGCAAGGCCCUGACAGAGUUCCCGCUCAAGGACGACCCGCUCCGCAUCCUCUUGCUCGAGAACGUCAACGCGACAGCCGUAGCCAUGCUCAAGGCACAGGGUUUCGUCGUCGAAGAGGUCAAGAAGGCGCUCGGAGAGCAGGAACUCAUCCAGCGCCUCAGGGAGGGCAACUUCUCGGCCAUUGGCAUCCGCUCAAAGACCAAGGUCACGGCCAAGGUCAUCGCAGAGUGCCCCAACCUCCUCGUCAUCGGCUGCUUCUGCAUCGGCACGAACCAAGUCGACCUCCUCGCGGCCGCAAAAGCCGGCAUCGCCGUCUUCAACUCGCCCUUCUCCAACUCUCGCUCCGUCGCAGAGCUCGUCAUCUCCGAGGUCAUCGCGCUCUCGAGGCAGCUGUGUGACCGCGCGAGGGAGAUGCGCGAGGGCGUGUGGAACAAGGUCUCCAAGGGGUGCUGGGAGGUCAGGGGAAAGACUCUUGGCAUUGUCGGCUACGGCCACAUUGGCUCGCAGCUCUCGGUCCUCGCCGAGUCGAUGGGCAUGUCGGUCCUGUACUACGACGUCCUGCCGAUCAUGCCUCUCGGGUCCGCCAAGCAGACCGAGACCCUCGAUGACCUCCUCGAGCAAGCCGACUUCCUCACGCUGCACGUCCCCGAACUCCCAGAGACGACCAACAUGAUCGGUGCCGAGCAAAUCAGCAAGAUGAAGGACGGCGCGUACCUGCUCAACAACGCCCGCGGAAAAGUCAUCGACAUCCCCGCGCUCAUCGACGCACUCAAGUCGGGCAAGCUCGCCGGCGCGGCCGUCGACGUCUUCCCUCACGAGCCGGCAUCGAACGGUCCCAACUUUGGCGACUCGCUCAACGCGUGGUCGUCUGAACUCCGCUCCUGCCCCAACUUGAUCUUGACGCCUCACAUCGGCGGGUCGACCGAAGAGGCGCAGAGCGCGAUCGGCGCAGAAGUCGGCGGCGCGUUGAUCCGCUACCUCAACUACGGCUCGACGAUCGGCUCGGUCAACUUCCCUGAAGUCAACCUCCGCCCGAUCCUCCAUGACGGAACCGUCCGUCUCUGCCACGUUCACUUGAACCAGCCUGGUGUGCUCAAGGUCGUCAACGCCGUCCUCGGAGAGCACAACGUCGAGAAGCAGUUCUCCGACUCCAAGGGCGACAUUGCGUACCUCCUUGCCGACAUCACCAACGUCGAUGAGAAGGAGAUCAAGGACAUCUACGAGGCGAUUGCUGGCUCCCGCGCCAACAUCGCCACCCGGAUGCUCUUCUAA